CCACUCUCUAUUGGCCACACAUGCAGUUACAAGCUGACGUCAGUACUUCUUGCUAUUCCCAUUGAAGUCGGAUUGUUUUUGGGGGAAAACGCUAAGAUCUGGACUGGAAGAGGAGGAGGAGAGGGAGAGAGAGAGAGAGAGAGAGAGAGAGAGAGAGAAAGAGAAAUCCCAGUUUAUCACAGACCCCACAGGUCCCACCGGAGUGAGAGAUCUGCUGCGAUCUGCCUUUAGCCUUUUUUUUUAUUAUUAUAUAUUUUUUUGCAAAACAAAAUCCGUGCAGGAAACACUGCUCUACAGCAGGGACCGAGGCUCUGGGUUAUCGGUGUUUGCAGCUUCAGAAGGACCCUUUCUUUAUUGUGGAAGACGUGUGGUGAAUCCCUGUUGACCUGCUGAAGAUCUCUACCAUCAAGAUGGGGAAACAAAACAGCAAGCUACGGCCUGAGAUGAUGCAGGAUUUGCUGGACAGCACAGACUUCACGGAGCAUGAAAUCCAGGAGUGGUACAAAGGUUUCCUCAGGGAUUGCCCUAGCGGCAAUUUAUCAAUGGAAGAAUUCAAGAAAAUUUAUGGGAACUUUUUUCCCUAUGGGGAUGCUUCAAAAUUUGCAGAGCACGUUUUUCGCACUUUCGAUGCCAAUGGAGAUGGGACAAUAGACUUCCGGGAGUUUAUCAUUGCACUGAGUGUCACAUCGAGGGGCAAACUGGAGCAGAAGCUGAAAUGGGCGUUCAGUAUGUAUGAUCUCGAUGGAAAUGGAUACAUCAGUAAAUCCGAGAUGCUGGAGAUUGUUCAGGCAAUCUACAAGAUGGUUUCUUCAGUGAUGAAGAUGCCAGAAGAUGAGUCCACACCUGAAAAAAGGACAGAAAAAAUCUUCAGACAAAUGGACACUAACCGAGAUGGUAAACUAUCCCUUGAAGAGUUUAUCCGAGGUGCCAAAAGUGACCCUUCCAUUGUCCGUCUCCUUCAGUGUGACCCCAGCACAGCCGGUCAAUUCUAAUUCCAAAUUGAAGAAAGUUGACAUUUCAAUGUGACUGUGUUCCUGCUUCAUUUGCCAUAUGUGACUGGUGGCUUGGCCACCUUGUUACGGACAUACCUACCAUCCAUUAGCGCUGUUUGCUUUUAAAUUUUGAAUUUGGAAAUGGCUGUUUAAUUAAACAAUGUGUCCGGACCUAUGACAGAACCAUUUUUUUUAGCUACGUGGAAGUUUUAUUAUAAUUGUAUUUACCUUGAUCAGAUAUCUCCUAGGUAAUUAAUAUUUUUAAUAAUGCUACUUUUGAAAUAGAAAGAGGAGGGGAGUAGUUUUUUUUUAAGGGGUUGUUAGUACUGGUGUGUCUUUUUAAUAGAAAAGCUUCCAAAUAAGGAUUUACGGAUCUUUUGCCUCAGAAACGCAUGCACAGGAAGAUUGGUGGUUUGAGAUUGCACUGGUGAGAGACGUGCCCUUCACCACACCGCAGCUCAGUCACACUGUCACAGUGCCAUCAGCAACAAAUGGCAAUACAACAAUACUACCUGGAGGAGAUGGAGUCAGAAUGUUGGUCAGGUGAACAUUUAUGUGGCAGCUCUUGUCAAAAACCCAUCAAUCUUUCAGUGCAUUCACGGGGUUCUGUAUAUGAAGCAAGCCACUGAGAGGUGCUGAUUCUGUGACAAUGCAUUGGGAGCUAUUUCAAACCAAGAGUGGAGUAGAAAUGUACGUGUCUGGGGGGUGCUAUUCAUACAACGUCAAAUUCAUCUUGUGACGGGUAGUGGACAAGUCCUGAGCUGCUAAACGUGAAGUAAAUUUGAGCCAUAAUCUGGGAAGGAGAUUAUAAAAAUUAGGGAUGAAAAUCAGUCAGUAGUGCUGUUCAUUCUCAUUUACUUCUCUCUAUCUCACAUCAAUUUUGUUCUCCGAUUCCCCCCCUUCCCUCUGCACCUCCUUCUCUAAAGGCAUUUGUCUCCUUUCUCAGCUCCACGGAGUACAUCAUCCAAGUGGCCAUUCUUCAUUUAUGAACAUGCAUCCAUUUGACAAGAAUGCUUCGCGGUUGAGCCUGUUGUUGGAUCCUUCCAGCAGGCAGGGGAUACUGGGAGGUGUGAGGAGUUGCAUUGGGUAAUGGUAAUGAAAUACACUGGACAGUGAUCAGGAGGUUGGCACAAGAUAGUGAGGAGGAACUGCACCUGAUAGUGAUCAGGAACUGACUUGGUUGAUUACUUUCCCUCUUUUGUCUAAGUUGUUGAAGCCAAUUGUUGUACAUCUAGACCUGCCCUGGCUGAGAUCAAUGAUUAAACCUGUGACCUCUGAAGUCAGCAUGUCUCAGAUUCUCACUAAACAAAAUAAUAAAAAAUAAAUUGCCAGAUAAAACUAAGCUCCAAUAAAAAGUUUGAUGGCUUAGGUUUCCCUUAUAGAUCUGGCAGAAAGC